CAGGUCUGGAGGAGCAGCAGGAGAGGAGGAGUUGCUGGGCUGGAAUUGGCAGAGGGAAAGGAAUGGGAGGCAAGAGCAGAAAGGAAUGGGAGGCAAGAGCAGAGCCCGUGUAGGCCACAGGUGAGCUGUGGCACACCAGACCUCGAGUUUUAAUGGUUUUAUGUAGUUUUUUUUAAAAGACGGAUGGAUGGAUGAAUGAAGAAGGAUUUUAGCCAAGGAAAGGGAAGGGAAAAAUGGAACUGUUUGGAACAAACUGAGGUUUCUCCCUGCACCGCCCGGGCCAUGGGUGAGACAGAGCUGCUCAGCACCACUUCCAGCCUUUGGUGUCUGCUGGGGUUGUAAAGGCACUCCCUGAACACCCCCUUCCCGUUCACCUGCUGGGAAAUGGUUGCUGCAGAGAAGAUUUAAUGAAAUUCCUGUUGCUCCCCAACCGCCAAGUGGAUACUGAGCCCAUGGAAGGGCCUGGGGGAUCAGGAGAAAGGAGCAAGUAGGAAAACCCACAAUCCGCCAGACCUUCCCCUCCGCCCCCCUCGAAAAAAAGGAUUUACAGCUCAACCUUGCACCAGCUGUUCCUCGGCUUUAACAGACAAGAGAGAAAUAAAUAAAAUUAAACAGCCACCGCCAGCCAGCCCCAGAUCCCGGUGAAAUCAGGGAGAGUGUUUCUGUGACCCCUCCAGCGAGGGGAGGAGGAGGAGGCAGCUCCGUGAGGAAGCUGGGAUUGCUUGGAGACCACCCCCUCCUCCUGUGCAGCACCCCGGGGGCAGCAGCACAGCAGAGGCGGAUUAAAAAGGAGAAGUGGCUGUCCUGAGGCUCCCGGAGUGGCUUUUUUGCAAGCAGUUUGCUGAUCCUGUGCUCUUCUCGGGGUGCUGGCUGGGUGGGAAGGACCCUGCCCGAGCCUGGGGAAUUCCCUCCCUUCAGAGCCUGCCUCUGGGAGUCCUGCUCCCUGUGGGCUGCUGCCUGGACUGAGGCUUGGAAGGGCUCUCAGCAUUCCCACUCCAACGGUUGUCCUGAACCCAAGUUCCCUUCUCUGUUGUGAAUUUUUAAUGUUUUUAACCCUCCUUCCCUGUGCCCGCGAGCUCUCACAGGGCAGAGCUUAGCGUGGGCUCCUCUCCUGGGCCUCCUGCUCCAGACCCUUCUCCGGACUGUCCGCCCCGGUCGGAGCUCACCCCAGGAGCAGGCGUGGGGGCAGGGUAGGGGUCAGCCCCUGUCCCCCUCCCCUUCUCAUCCUGCUCUGAGUCCCCUGGGGCCUGGGCUAUGCUGCGGGGCGGACCCCCCACCACAGCUCCAACAUGCCAGCAGCCUCUGGAAAGAGAUUCAAACCCAGCAAGUACGUCCCGGUCUCCGCCGCUGCCAUCUUCCUAGUGGGAGCCACCACCCUCUUCUUCGCCUUCACGUGCCCGGGGCUCAGUCUCUACGUGUCCCCCAUCAUCCCCGCCUACAAUGCCGUCGUCUUCCUCUUCGUGCUGGCCAACUUCAGCAUGGCCACCUUCAUGGACCCAGGCAUAUUCCCACGAGCUGAGGAGGACGAGGACAAAGAGGACGAUUUCCGGGCCCCGCUGUACAAGACGGUGGAGAUCAAGGGCAUCCAGGUGCGCAUGAAGUGGUGCGCGACCUGCCGCUUCUACCGCCCGCCGCGCUGCUCCCACUGCAGCGUCUGCGACAACUGCGUGGAGGAGUUCGACCACCACUGCCCCUGGGUCAACAACUGCAUCGGGCGGCGCAACUACCGCUACUUCUUCCUCUUCCUGCUGUCGCUCACCACGCACAUCAUGGGCGUCUUCGGCUUCGGGCUGCUCUACGUCCUGUACCAGGUGGAGGAGCUCUCCGGUGUCCGCAUGGCCGUCACGAUGGUGGUGAUGUGCGUGGCUGGGCUCUUCUUCAUUCCCGUCGCUGGCCUGACAGGCUUCCAUGUGGUGCUCGUGGCCAGGGGCCGCACUACCAACGAACAGGUGACGGGCAAGUUCCGCGGGGGCGUCAACCCCUUCACCAACGGUUGCUGUAAGAACGUCAGCAGGGUCCUCUGCAGCUCCCCGGCACCCAGGUACCUCGGGCGCCCGAAGGCCGAGCAGACAGUGCUGGUGAGACCCCCGUUCCUGCGGCCCGAGGUGUCGGACGGUCAGAUCACUGUCAAGAUCAUGGACAAUGGUAUCCAGACAGAGCUGAAAAGGACGAAGUCCAAAGGGAGCCUGGAGGUGACCGAGAGCCAGUCUGCUGACGCCGAGCCACCACCCCCACCUAAGCCCGACCUCAGCCGCUACACGGGCCUGAGGACACACUUAACCCUGGCCACCACUGAGGACAGCAGCCUGCUAGGCAAGGACAGCCCCCCGACUCCCACCAUGUACAAGUACCGGCCCGGUUACAGCAGCAGCAGCAGCUCGGCAGCCCUGCCCCACUCCACCAGCGCCAAGCUGAGCCGAGUGAACAGCCUGAAGGAGCCCAACUCCAUCUGUGACAGCGGCCACAAGCCCAGCUACCGCUCGGAGCCGAGCCUGGAACCCGAGAGCUUCCGCUCGCCCACCUUCGGCAAGAGCUUCCACUUUGACCCUCUCUCCAGCGGCUCCCGCUCCUCCAGCCUCAAGUCGGCCCAGGGCACGGGCUUUGAGACGGGCCACCUGCAGUCCAUCCGCUCCGAGGGCACCACCUCCACCUCCUACAAGAGCCUGGUGAACCAGACGCGCAACGGCAGCCUCUCGUACGACAGCCUGCUCACGCCCUCCGACAGCCCCGACUUCGAGUCGGUGCAGGCGGGCCCGGAGCCCGAGCCGCCGGUGGGCUACACCUCGCCCUUCCUGUCGGCCCGCAUCGCCCAGCAGCGAGAGACCGACCUGCACGGCCGCUUCGCCAGCGCCGCCUCCCCCAAGCACGCGGCGCCGCGCGAGCCCUCGCCCGUGCGCUAUGACAAUCUCUCCCGCCACAUCGUGGCCUCCAUCCAGGAGCGGGAGAAGCUGCUGCAGCAGCCGCCGGCCCCGGGCCGGGAGGAGGACGCGGGGCUGGCGGAUUCGGGCAUCCAGUCAACGCCGGGCUCCAGCAACGCCCCCCGCACCAGCUCCUCCUCGGACGAUUCGAAGCGCUCGCCCCUGGGCAAGAACCCGCUCACCCGCCCGGCCCUGCCCCGCUUCGGCAAGCCCGAGCCCCCGCCGGCGCUGCGGGUGCGCUCGCUGGGCUCCCCCGACCAGCCCGCCGCCCCCCACCUGGGCAAAUCCGUGUCUUACAGCAGCCAAAAAGCAGCCUCUCAGGCCGGCGGCACCGAGACCGAGGAGGUGGCCUUGCAGCCCUUACUGGCACCAAAGGACGAGGUGCAGAUGAGAACAGCCUACAGCAAGUCCAACGGGCAGCCCAAGAGCCUGGGCUCGGCCCCAGCGGGCUCGGGGCCCGUGCCCCUCAGCAGCCCCACCCGCGGAGGCGUCAAGAAGGUCUCGGGUGUGGGGGGCACCACCUACGAGAUCUCGGUAUGAGGGGCAGAGCCGCCGCCCCCUCCCCUCCUCCCCGGCGGCCCCCAGGGACCCGCCGUGCCCAGACACUUGUGGACUCCCGGGAGAGCCGGGCGGGUCCCCCCUGCUCCUCCCUCUGCCCCCCGGGCCACGGGGGCUGCACACACCCGCGGGGGGCUCGGGGAGGGCUCGGGGAGGGGGGGCCGCAGCCCCGGCACCGCCUCGGCUGCGCCAGCCACUUGUGGGCCUUGUGCAAUCACCCGCUCGCCUGGCGUGGUAGGAACGGAUUGUUUUUAAACCAGAAUACUUUUUUUUAUUAUUAUUGUUACGGAUUCUAUUUUUUUUCUCUUUCCGAGUUACCAGGUGUGUGUAUAUAUAAAUAUCUAUAUAUAUAAAUAUAAAUAUUAAAAAAAAAAAGAAGCAGAAAUUAUAUAUCUUACCCAGAGAGAGGAAGAAACUACCCUGCUCAGGGCCUGGGCCCCCCCACCUUGUCCCUGUCCCCAAAGGAGGGACGUGGGGCUGCCUCCUGCACCCAUGGAAGGAGUUGUGGUAGGUGCAGAGUGCCACUGUUCCCUCCCUGAAGGGAGCCACGGGGUGCCAGGCACCCAUCCUCGGACACUCCCCUCCCUGAUCCGUGGUGUCCGCAGCCUCCAGCCCCCUUGGGGGGCCCGGGGUGGGGGCAGCACCCCUAGACCCCCAGCCCGAGCUGGCACAAAGGCCCCAGCGUCCCCCCCGCGCAGUUUUUGCUCUUUGUUCCCUUUCCCCGGGGGCUGUGGUCGGGGGGUUGUUGGUUUCGUUGCCUUUUUUUAUUUCUGUUAAUGAUUCCGAGGAGGUUUCUCGCUGUCGCAGGGGUGUUUUUAUUUCCGCUCGCUCGGGGGAGAGGCAGGUGCAUCCCCGGAAAGCAAUAUUUUCUCAUCACAUGCCAAAAAAAACCCGCAGCCAAGGAGCCCCGUGCUCCCUGUCCCCAAAGCCCUGCCGGCACUACCGGACUCUUUCUCUACGGCAAUAGCUCCCGUGGCCCCGCACAGCCACGCCAGGGUUUUUUAUUAUUAUCAGCCAUUUUAAAAACAAGGAAUAAAAGGAUAUUUAAUGAGCCA